AGUCGUCCAAACCUUAGGGAUGGAGAAGAUACCGGACAGAGACGCGCUCAGUGGCAGGAUGGAAGCCGAGGGGUCCCAGAACUCCGAGGAGCUGCCACCGCAUCCUCAGUCCCCACCACCACCUCCGUCCCCAAGGUCUCCCACGUCCCCGGAGACCCCUGAGCUUCCUCAGCCCAAUGCACCGACUGAGUUUGAAGCCAGGCAGCUGCUGGUAGAAGAAUGGGGACCCGUGAGCGGGAAGCUGGAGCUGCCCCCGAGCAUCAGCUGGAAGCUGCUGUUCCUGGAGCGGCCACUCUACCGCAACCUCCUCAACUCACCCAACCCGGAAGGCAUUAACAUCUACCAGCCGGCGCCCCCUACGGGUCCCACCCGGAAACCUCUGAAGGAGCUGGGUAAUUUCCGUGGAUGGUACAUUACUACUGAGAACCUCCAGGGACCCCUCAGCUGGACAGUGAAGGAGCAAUGUGUGAACCUGCUGGCCAAGAAGCUGUGGGAGGAGCUGCUGGAUGACGAACAGCCUGACAUCACCAUCAUGGACUGGUUCGAGGACAGCCGCCUAGACCAGUGUGUUUAUGAGCUGCAUGUCUGGCUGCUAGCAGCUGACCGCCGCACCGUCAUUGCCCAGCACCACGUGGCCCCUCGGACCAAUGGGAGAGGACCCCCUGGCCGCUGGGUUCAGGUGUCCCACGUCUUCCGCCAGUACGGCCCCGGAGUGCGUUUUGUCCACUUCCAGCACAAGACGAAGAACCGCAUGGAGCCUGGGGGACUGCGGAGGACAAGGGUGACCGACUCCUCCGUGUCUGUGCAGCUCCGGGAGUGACCUCUAACCAGGCUCUCCAGGUCUGACGUGAUCAAUCCUUUGGAAGUCCCUGAUGUUCGUCACCUCCGAGCCCUUGGCAUGUCUUUGAGGCUUCCUGGCUUCUGCCCUUUUAUGUGUGUGCUUAGCAAUAGUCUGACCCCUCCUCACCCCCGAACCCUCCUCACCCCAACCCCUCAUUCGCCCGAUCCUCCUCAUGCUCCUUACCCCUCCUCACCCCCUGACUCCCCUUACCUUCUGCCUGACCCCUCUUCAGCUCCCUGACCUCCUCAUCCUUCUGACCUUUCCUCUCCUUCAUGACCCUUACACGCCCCCUCCUACUUCUCCUUCACCCAUGGCCCCGCCUGCUCUGCCCAGCUCCUUCCUAACAAUUUCUCCCCGCUCAGGUCUCUCAGAUCCUGUUUGGCCCCCGAGGUUUCCUUUGACAUCUCCUUGCCUCCUUGAAUGUGUGACUCUGGGCAGGGGCCAUCCCCUGCACAUCAACUGCUUGUCUCACAUGGCUGAAUAAACCUUUGGAGAGAGACUCUAAGAACACAGAGCUCUAA